AUGCGUGUUUACAUGUGUGGCUUAAAGUCGCACUUUCAGCCUCGGCUCCCAUCCUGUCCUCCCCACAGCUGCGGAGCAAUGAACUCCUCCCUGGCGCUGAUCAGGGACUGGAGCGACCUCGAGGGGGCUGACCAGCAAACUUUUUAUUACACAGGCCACACUUUCAGAGCCGAUCCUGAAUCGAGGCCAGACAUACCAAACCUGGCAAAUCUGAAUUGCACUGUUGACUGCGAGCUGACUUCAGAGCACAAGUGUGUGACUGUGUCUGGCCAAGGAAUUUAUCGCUUCCAGAGCUGUGAAGAUGGCGAGACCAAGUACAGUUGUAUGUACCCAGCAUUCUGCCCCGAAGGAUACUCACCCUAUCGUGGUCUCUGCUACAAGGUGAUUCCGGCAGCAGAUACUUUCUUGCACAGUUACGAAGAGUGCAUGAAGGAGGGAUCCGACAUCGCUUUCCCCGAGAACGUGAAUGAUAUACAGUUUUUAAUCAGUCUUGUCGAGAAAACGGAACAGAAACCCAUAGAGGAGUCUUUGAAAGUGAUGCUCGGCAUCUUCUGUCCUACUUUCUGGUUGCACUCUGUGGAUAUCCCUGGCUAUCGUCUCUGCGGAGGUGGAUAUAGCCUCUUGGAUAUUCUUCCGGGUGGUAAUUUCAGCAUGACAACAUCACCUCCCACAACAGAGGCCAGUUACGCCAUCUGUAAACAUCAUGGGGUAAUGAAGUGUUGGGACGAACCAAGGUCUCCCAGUGCCAACAUGACACGAGUGUGGAAUAACAGCACGGACUACAAAACAACGGUCACGUACGCAUGCGACGAAGGCUAUUAUAUAUCAGGUGAAACCUGGAAAUUCAAGAGUGUUCAGUCCUGCCGGGGUUUGUUUGGCAAUUGGUACCCUCCCGUUCUAAGUUGUGUAAGGGAAGGCUGUCACGGGAAACUGCCCAAAGCACCGCCAUCGGUGACGAGGACCCUUGGUUAUGACUACCAGAAGAGAUAUGGUAAUGUGACGUAUACCUGUCCAGAUGGCAUGGUUACCCUAAAAAAUGUAACCACUCAGAUAGUCGAGUGCAAAAGGCUGAAGAGUAUAUACACCUUCAUACCGGAUAGAGUCGACGACUGUUCAGGAUGUGCGGGGAAACCGGUUGUUGCCAAUGCCACGACUAUUUGGAACGACGAAACUGUGUACAGUGUUGGAAGUUACGUGUUCGCCUGGUGCUACCGAGACCAUUACGUGUAUUGGCGAAAACAAAGGCAGAAAGUCAAUUGCAAGGAGUCUGGGUGGCAGGAAGUACCCGGAUGUGAAUACAUGCCUAGCUGCAGGAGUGAGCUCCCCGCCAGCGUCGUCGAACCGAUCCUGAGCGACGAGUUCCCGAGGGAGGGGACCAACGCCACCUACGAAUGCCCGCCGGCGAUGGGCACGCUCGAGGGCGGGGCGAAGGAGGUCAUCACCUGCAACGCCACCCCGUCAGGGAUGCAGCUUCUCCCCAACGUCAUCCACUCCUGCGGCAGGUGCAUGGCAGAGCCGGAGGUCGACGCCGCUCACACGGACUGGAAUAGCUCCAGCCUGUACCUGUUGGGGUCAACCGUGAACGCCACGUGCGUGCCUACCUUCUUUCACGCUGAAGGGAAGAGCCGGCUGCUGACGUGCAACCCGACCGGCUGGGAGGUUGUGUCCGGGUGCAUGCCAGGUUGUUUAAGGGAGCCUCCCGUGGCUGGCGAGGGCGCGGUGCAGGAAGGGUUCACGGACAGGCGUGUGGGCGCCAGCGUGUACUAUCACUGCAUGCCAGACAAGUACUUCAAGAAAUUUGGGUACUUGACCAGCUUCAAAACAUCCGUCGUGUGCAGAAAGGACGGCGAAUGGCACCUCACGGACGCAGAGCUCAAGUGCGAGGAAGUUGUGUGGCAAGCACCGCCCCCCCUCGAAGGCACCGUGAACACGCUGCCGAACUGGAACAUCUGGAUCGGGACGACCAUUGAGUACAUGUGCCAGGAAGGACUGUUCAGCGUGACGGGCGCCGCGGCGACCAACGCCACUGCCGCCUUAAGUGGCUGGACGGUCUUCGAUCCCGACUUCCGCUGUGUUCCUGCGUGUCUGAAAAAGCCUGAAGUGAAAAACGCGGAGAUAGCCUGGGACAGCGACACCCUCUACCUGCUUCACUCGAACGUCACUACGACCUGUCACGAAGGGCACCUUGGCGAGGGCGACGUGGCCAGCCGAGUGGUGGAGUGCACCAGACACGGGUGGGAGACGAUCAGUGGGUGCUACGCUGUAUGUAUGGCUGCGCCCCCACCAGCUGGCGAGAACAUGGCUAUGAGGAAAUACAACUUCACUGGUGUUGGCGCCUCCGUAGAGUAUGACUGCACGGAAGGCCUCUACGUGAAGAGACAGGGCGAGUCGGUGAGCAGCACCUCCGCAGUCUGUGGCCCCGACUUGACGUGGCAUCUCUCAGACGGAUCCCUGGACUGUGACAAGCCCCUAGGGAUCGACCCCCCAUCUCUGCCAGAGGGAGUUGUCAUGCAGGUCCUACACCCGCCCUUCUACGAAGGCCUUUCCUUCACCAUAAUGUGCGCCGAAGGCCUCUUCAGCGCCACGGGCGUCGACUUCUCCACAGUCUCAGUCACCUCCGAAGGAUGGAGUUUCAGGAUCCAGACUUUUCCUGCGGUCCUGCGUGCCUCUCAGAACCAUACUUACAAAACACCAUAA